AUGGGAUCGAAAAGCCCCGAAGGCCACCGGCAGACUCCUGAUGCCUCCAAUUCCUCCGAGCUCAAGCCUGCCAAUCCCAACCCCAAGCCCGCCCGCAAUGGCUCUCAGUCAGCCGAUCUCGACGGCGGAAAUCUCGACGAUGAUAAUGACGAUGACGGUGAAGCGAACGAAGAAGCGGGGGUGAAGACCUCCGCUGAUAGUACUGAUAAGAAAAAGAAACGCAAGAGGUCCAAGAAGAAGACCAAAAAAGGAACCCUGCCACUCAAGCAGUCGAGCCCUCCCCGUGUGCUGGUUUCGUCCCUCUUCCCGUCUGGAUAUCCCAUCGGGGAGUGCGUCCCUUACCAGGAUGAUAACACCUCUCGCACUACGGACGAGGAAUUGCGUUACAAUUCACGUCUUUGGGAUAAGGACUUUCUCGACGAGUACCGUCAAGCCGCCGAGAUCCAUCGUCAGGUUCGCCAGUAUGCCCAGAAUGAGCUCAUCAAACCUGGCGCAAGUCUCACUACAAUUGCUGAGGGUAUUGAGGACGGGGUCCGCGCUUUGUCCGGCCACCAGGGACUUGAACCCGGAGACGGUUUCAAGGCGGGAAUGGGAUUUCCCACUGGGUUGUGCUUGAACAAUGUUGCAGCCCAUUGGACGCCGAACCCGGGUGCCAAGGAUGUCUUUUUAGAUAAAAGUGAUGUGCUCAAAGUUGAUUUUGGCGUUCAUGUCAAUGGCCGUAUUGUCGACUCGGCUUUCACUGUGGCUUUUGACCACACAUAUGACAACCUUUUGACGGCUGUGAAGGAGGCGACUAAUACUGGCAUCAUGCACGCUGGCAUUGACGCCAGAGUGAGUGAAAUCGGCGCAGCGAUCCAGGAAGUCAUGGAAAGCUACGAGGUCGAAAUCGCCGGAAAGACCCACCCUGUUAAAGCCAUCAGGAAUAUUACCGGGCAUGAUAUCCUUCGGUAUAAUAUUCAUGGUGGUAAACAGGUCCCGUUCAUCAAGAACGACAGGCCGGAUAAGAUGGAGGAGGGUGAAGUCUUCGCUAUCGAAACAUUUGGAAGUACCGGCAGAGGAGUUCUCCAUGAUGAUGUAGGUCUCUGUUUGUCCAAUGUGUUUAGCAAGGCUAAUGCUCCUCAGGUGGGAGUCUAUGGCUACGGAAGGAACACCGAUGUCUCAGGUGCAAACCUGCGUCUUUCCUCUGCCAAGAAUCUUCUUAAGACUAUCGACGCCAAUUUUGGAAGCCUUGUCUUCUGCCGUCGGUACCUUGAGCGUCUCGGUGUGGAGAAAUACCAUCUCGGGAUGAGACAUUUGAUUGAUAACGGCAUCGUCGAAUAUUACGAACCAUUGGUCGAUGUGAAGGGCUCAUACACGGCCCAAUUUGAACACACUAUCCUGCUCCACAAUGGUGGAAAGGAAGUGAUCAGUCGUGGCGAUGACUACUAA